CUUGUGCCUCCCACGAGUUUCCGUUCUGUGGUAGCCACUCCGUGUUGCUUCCUCCACCUUUCAGCCGGACAGGUAUGGUGUACUAUUAUCAGCUGGGCGGAUUCGAAAACCGACGGCUUGACUUUAGAUGGGCUGAUAAAGGACAUUUUUGGGAUCAUAACAAACUUGCAGGAGAUGUGUUCACGGCAGCCAAGGGUGGUGUAUUACAGCUAGCACUUGGUAUUGCGAACACCGGCGCUUCAUAUCUAUUGAUACCUGAGCGCCGGGUGAAAGACAUUGCGCGUAACUGCCGUCUACAAUACCCCAAUCCGGAAACAAGCCUUACUGCCAGAGAUUUUGAAUCCAUAUCUCCCAUUGAAUUCAAAAGCAGGGACGAACUAUCCAAGAAGCUCGGAUCGCUGGCGUCUUCCAAGAACAACAACAGGAGAAAUGCCAUGCCCCCAAUGGACAGGAGCAAAGCCAACAAAGGCUAUGAUUCUGUCGCGAUGGAUCCCGAUAGACGUAACGAUGGUUUAUAUCGCCCGCUUUUCGAGCACGGGAGGGUACUAUAUCGGCUGAAGCAGAAUAUACUUGACGAAACAUUGAUUGAAGUGGAUAGAUCAUCAUGGCUCGAGUCCUUCCGGAUGUGUUCCUUCAUCUAUAACAGAUGGCAAUCGGGUAGCCCAACGAUAUUAGAUAUCGGCCUUGCUGAAGGAGCGCCCGGGCGGCUUGAUCCUCCGCCAGCCGUCAGACAUCUUGUCGUAAAGAGGAACAAGAUGCUCGACGCGGGGAAACGCGACAAAUUUAUAUACGGCACUUCGGAGGAAGUUGACGAAGAGGGUGCGACUCGGGCGGUACAGGAUUUCUUUCGGAAGCGCGAUUCUGAACCAAUCCUGCUUCUUGUUUGUGGGCGGAGAGACACUCUAGAGGUCCUCGGUCAAUGUUAUGGUGUGGAUAGCACGACGUGGGGUAAUGGUCUCAAAGACCUCCUCCAGCCUUCAUCCAGAACUCGCUCUCAGCACCCGGUUUAUAUUGUAGACGUGAAAGAGAUGGCGCUCAAACACCUGAAGGUCGACGAACAGCAGCUCAAGACGGUACAUCUGAUCUGUACGAAACUGGGAUUGAUCCCUCGAGGGCAGGUUAAGACUGUGUCGGCUGGGAACGAUUCUAGGAGGAUAUUUGACGCUUGGACGACAUUGGUCGAAGGACCGGCCAUCGAUGAGGAGCGUGAGCUACGAGAACCACCUCGCCAUAUGGUGUCUCCAUCGGCCAAUAACGAUGGAGAUGAUCCAGGAUCGGAUUUUGACCCGAAUGAUAUUGAACAGCAAGCGCCUGCAGUGACGGUCUCGACGCAAGCUGGUCCAACUGGUGAUGAUUAUUUUGAGGAUUCGGAUUAUGGUGAUGAUGAUGAGUGAGGACUUUGCACCAGUAGAAUGCCAAUAGGCAGACCGACGCCAAAGUCAAGCGAGUA